AUGUAAAAUUAGAGUCAGGUGUUUAAAAUGGGAUGACAGUCAGGUGUGAGUAAGAACCCUGUUUUAUUUAAAGAACAGGAUCCAUCAAAGGCUGAUCUUCCAACACAUGUUUGUGGAAGUGUAUCAUGGCAUGAACAAAGGAGAUUUCUGAGGACCUCAGAAAAAAAGAGUAGUUGAUGCUCAUCAGGCUGGUAAAGGUUACAAAACCAUCUCUAAAGUGUUUGAAUUCCACCAAACCACAGCCAGACAAAUUGUGUAUAAAUGGAGGAAAUUCAACACCAUUGUUACCUUCACCAGGAGUGGGGACCAACAAAUAUUAAUCCAAGAGCAAGAUAUGUAAUAGUCAAUGAGGUCUCAGAGAAGCCACUUCUAAGCAACUAAAGACCUCUCUCACAUUGGCUAAUGCUAAAGUUCAUGAGAACACUUUCAGGAGAACACUGUGGUGUGCAUGGCAGGGUUGAAAGGAGAAAGCCACUGCUCUCCAAAAAGAACAUUGCUGCCCUUCUGCAGUUUGCUAAAGAUCACAUGGACAAGCCAGAAGGCUAAUGGAAAAAUGUUUUGUGGGUGGGUGAGAUCAAAGUAGAACUUUUUGGUUUAAAUGAGAAGCACUAUGUUUGGAGAAAGGAAAACACAGCAUUCCAUCAUAAGAACUUUAUCUCAUCUGUGAAACAUGGUGGUGGUAGUACCAUGGUUUGGACCUGUUUUGCUGCAUCUGGGAAAGGACGACUUGUGAUCACUUAUGGAACAAUGAAUACUGAGUUAAACCAGUGAACCCGAAAGGAAAAUGUCAGGAUAUCUGUCCAUGAACUGAAGAGAAAGUGGGUCAUGCAGCAAGAUAUUGACCCUAAACACACAAGUCAUUCUAAGAAGAAUAAAGUUAAUGUUUUGAAAUGGCCAAGUCAAAGUCCUGAUCUUAACCGAAAUGAAAUGUUGUGGAACGAUCUGAAGCAAGCAGGAAACCCACACUAAUCAACAGUUACCACAAACAUUUAUUCACAGUUAUUGCUGCACAAGGGGGUCACACCAGAUACUGAAAACAAAGGUUCACAUACUUUUGCCACUCACUGAUUUGUAACAUUGAAUCAUUUUCCUCAGUAAAUAAAUGACAAUUAUCAUAUUUUUGUCUUGUUUGGGUUCUCUUUUUUUACUUUUAGGACUUUUAGAAAAUUUUAUGAUGUUUUAUGUCAUAUUUAUGGAGAAAUAUGGAAAAUUAUUUCAAGCACCAAUAUAUUCAAGUUUGAGGAGAAGCACUUCUCAGUCCCUCUGUUUAAAAUGUCCAGGUAACACCCAAGGACCUGAGGCAGGCACUGUGCAUCAUGUUGAAUUCUUCCAAAGGAGCUGGGGAGCAGAGAAGGGGCAUACUGGUGGGAAGCAUGUGGUGGGUUGACAUCCUUGCUGGAGUCAGGUGGGGGACUGGGGAAAACUGACCAGGGUCAGGUGGCGGGACUUGGACAGGUUCACCAGUGUCAGGUGGUGGGGUUGGGAUAGGCUUGUUAGGGGUCAGGUGGCAGAGCUGUGGUGCUCUGCUCAGGCUGGACUUGGGAGGUCACACCAUCAGCUCAGGUGUGAGCAGGAUGUGGGAGGCUAUGCUGUCGGCCUCUGGCUGGAGCUCCACAGGAGAGGCUGCCUUAUAAGGCUCUGAAGGGGGUUUGUCAGGGGAGGUCACCCUGUUGCCCUCUGACUGGAGCUCAGCAAGAGAGACCUCUUUGUCUCCAGCCUUCUUCUCCUCAUAAUACCUGGUGAAUGGCCGAACCUGAUAGGCUGGCUCUCCCCCCAACAUUUUCUAGGUCUGGGUUGAACUCAGUGAACCGGUACACCACCCUCAAGAGGCUUACAAACUCAGCUAUGCUUCACCUCAUCUGAAGAAAGCAGCUCACUCUUUUCCAGAAGAGAAGCAUGGCCUCUGACUUUUCAUACAUUACUGACCAAGUUUAUAAAUAUGCAUACUCACAUCUCUCCAAAUUUGUGUCCUUUACACAUGACAAUAUUCGAGACUCUUCAACAUAUCUAAAUAAUAUUAAUAAAGAUGUUGAAGUUACAGGAAAAUUAAUCCUACUCUCACUGCUGCUUUCCUCUUUUGAGCCACUGGAGUAUUGAGAAGUAUUUGUGCUGCACAGAACCAGGACAGGAGUGAUGCAAUUCAUGUUAGACUUGGUUUAGAAUGUAUAAAUACUCAUAAGACAGUUUUUUUCACCACAGCUUGGGUGUACAGCCUGCUGCAUCUUCACUUGGUGUGUAUUAUUAAUCAUGUUUACCUGAAUGAAGUUAUUGUGUUAUUGUGACCAUUAACACAGAUUGUUUCAUGGAUUAUUAUAAUGUUACGUAUUUAACUCUGGAGGGCCAAGUGGAGUUGGAGAAAUACAGAUAUGUUUAUUUUGUAAUGGUUCUCACACUUUACCUGUUGAUCAUUAGUUGUAAUGGUCUUGUCAUUUUUGUCAUAUUCACAAACAAAUGUCUCCAUGAACCCAUGUACAUUUUCAUUGCUGCUUUGCUUUGUAAUGCUCUCUAUGGAUCAACUGCUCUUUAUCCUAAAUUGCUCAUUGAUUUUUUGUCUGAAAUUCAGAUUGUCUCCUAUGAAGCAUGUAUAUUUCAGUCAUUUUUUAUUUACACAUAUGCCAUAUCAGAGUUCACACUGUUAUCAGCUAUGGCCUAUGACAGAUAUGUGUCCAUCUGUAAACCAUUGCAAUAUGCUACGAUUAUAAAAAUGUCCACUGUGAAAAGGCUCUUAUUUUGCUGUUGGUGUUUGCCUUGCUGUGAAAAUAGUAUAGCAUUGACAUUAACAUUUCAGGUUAAGCUUUGUAGGUUCAAGUUAAAUAGAAUAUACUGUAAUAAUUCUUCAGUUGUUAAAUUAAGUUGUGGAGACAUAUCUGUAAGAAACUCAUACGCAUUGUUCAUUUUUGUCAUUGCUGUAUUUCCACCAGUGAUAUUUGUGAUCUACUCAUAUAUUAGAAUACUUCAUGUCUGUCUUAGAAGUUCUAAUGAUUUCAGAAGAAAAGCUCUACAAACCUGCUUCCCACAUAUUUUUAUAUUUAUCAGUUAUACAGUUACCUCCUGCUUUGAAGUUAUUAAUAACAGACUAGAAUCAAAUCAAAUUCCUCACAUUUUCACGAUGAUCAUGUCAGUGGAAAAUCUGGUUAUUCCUCCUCUACUCAAUCCAAUAAUAUAUGGACUGAAAAUGCAGAAGAUUUUUAAUUGUAUCAAAAAACUGAUUUGGAAAGUGAAACAAAUGCUAUUUUAAAGUUUAAGAUAAGUUUAAAUUCUAUAAACUACAUUUGAAACAAAAUUAUUGAAGUGUGUUGUAAUGCAUGUUAAAUUCCUAAUGUUCACUGAAAUUAAGAAUUAUAAACUGAAAAUAUUUUUUUUUAUUAUUAUUAUAUUCUUAUCAAGAAGAAAUCAUUAGAAUUUUUGUCUGUGGAAGAUCUGUUUGAUAGUUUGGAUAACAAAGGUAAAAAUGUUUUGACUUAUAUUAUGGGUAUUAAUAAUUAUUAGCAAUUAAAUUAUUUGUUUACACUGCUCACUUUCUAGGAAAGUGAGGGAACUGGUAACUAAGAAAUUGUCUUCACUGUAAUUCCCCUAUAUAACCUAUUUCUGUUCUGUAGUUAAUGUUAUGCCUGAGUUUAAAUGUGUCCUGGAUUCUUCUGUCUGUACAACAUGAAAAGUAAGUGUGAUCAAUGACAAAUGCCUGCAUUUUGCUGCUAGAUUUAACCAUUUAAUAUGUAACAUUAUGGACGAUUGUUACUUCCUUAGCAAAACACCCAUUUGAAAGUCCAAACUAAUACAAAUAAAGUAUUGUUAUGUAAUGGGUUUGAGAUGGAUGCAAUUGUAAUUAAAAGCUUUAUUAAGAGGCAGGCAGACAAAUCCAAAAUGUGCAGCACAACCGUAGUCAAAAACAAGCAAAAGGUCAGGCGAACAGCAAACAGAAUGAACUAGGUGAAACAAGACCCAAUAAACCAUAAAUCAGUGAGCAAGGAUAAAUGGCUUGGUAUUGUACAGACAUGCAAUACUUUGCAUUUACCAAUGACACAUGAGGGGUUUAAAUAUUUAAUGUAAUCAACGCUAAAACAAAAACAACUAUGAAUUAUAAUGACAUGUGACAGAGACAACUAAUUACAAGACAGGGGCAGAGACAAGACAUAAAGCGUACAAAACACACGUCUCUAAAAUAAACAAACUCCCUGACAACCUGGAAGCAUGCGCUGUUGCGCUAUGGGCUGUUGAGCAUGCUGCUCACUCCAGUGCUCAGUGCGUGAGGAAAUCUACUGUGAGGGGAAAAAAG